UUUAGUUUAUCAUACAAAUCAUUUCACAUUGGAAAUUGGCCAUUUAGUAAACUACAAAUAAAAGUAGUUACAAAAAAAAAACAUAUUUGAACAAAGGACGAAACCCUGUACAGGGAAAUUGAAAUUAUUUAUUUAUGUGAAUUAAAAGUGGCAAAGAAAAAAUAAAUAUGUUCAUAUAUCAUUACACCACAGUGAAACUCUUAUGGGGAUUUGCCUGAAAGCUGUGGCUCUUGCACCUAUUAUACCUAAUUACACUGGUCUCGUAUUUUGCAUUCCAUAUGUUAUUAACUCUAUAUCUAAGCGAUACACGCAAUAACUCAUUUCAUGUAUAACUAGUCUACUAGUACACGUAUUAACAUCACAAUAUUUACAUAUAUAAAUAUAAAGCUUUACGCAAGCGACAGACUGAAUAACAGACAUAUAGAGUGACUAACUGUUUAUUCUAUACAAAAUGAGCUUGUGGAAGCGUAUUGCUUGCUCUCCUGAAGCUGUGCAACGCAUGAAAAUAUAUUACGACGAAAAAGGACUCGCCGACGUACGCGUCUGUUUGGCACAAUGGAUCGAGGAAAGAAUUAUGACUGAACAGAUUAUUAAUCCAACAACCGAUUUAUUUGAGCAAAUAGCACAUCAAUUCCGUGAAGAUUUGAAACUUAAACUUAUCUCAUUAAGCAACGAUAAUUUAUUUAAACUUAAACUAUCUGGUAUGUGUGCGCAUGUUUCACAAACUCCAGCCGUAGAUCUUUAUCAUCAUUUUCAUAACGGUCUCCAAAAGGAGUUUCAUAUGAUUGAAGCACUUCCACAAAAUCCAGUUAUGUAUGCAACAAAUUAUGGUAACGGAAUAGGUGGUGUACCACUUUCCGGUAACCUCCGCGAUGAUAUUGGCAAAGAUAGUUUGUUGGCUGCACAUGCCCGUAUACAACAUGUUUGCCAAGAAAUCGAACGUAUAUACCAAUGCAUUGGGCCAUUCCGCGCCGAUUACGAUACAUUUAAUAAUCGUUUCAAUGAGUUUAAUCAGAAUAAAGUUCUUAUGAAUACACAGCAACAAGCUGAACAUAACAGACAACUGGAGGAAGGCUAUAAACAAUUAAUGAAUGUUGGAAAUGGUAUUAUUAUUGAAUUUCGUCGCAUCAUAACCGACUAUGAUUCAACACAAGAAUGUGUUAUGAAUGAAUUGAAAAGUUGGAAACGUAACCAGGCUUUAGCUGGCAAUGGUGCACAGUUUCGUGAUAAUCUUGAUGAGAUCCAACGUUGUAUAGAAUUGUUGGUUGAAAUUGUUGGAAAGCUAAUAAGAAUGGCUUCUUUAAUGAAUUUCCUUACUUUUGUUGAUGAUAUUACUGAACUCAUUAGACAUUUGCGUUAUUCGCAAGAGGUACUUGUUUUCUCAGCAUUCGUUGUUGAAAAGCAACCUCCACAAGUUAUGAAGACGCAUACUAGAUUUGCUGCAGCUGUACGAUGGCUUAUUGGACCACAACUUGGUGUGCAUAUGAAUACCCCAACUGUUGAAUGUGUCAUUCUUUCAGAGGCGCAGGCUUUACGUCAAUACACGCAACGUUUAGUAGGCGAUUCUACUUCAAGUCCACCACCAUCUUCUGGGGAAAUAUUGAAUAACUUGGGUACCUUAGAAUACCAACAGCAAACACGUGUGCUACAGGCUAGCUUUAGAAAUAUGCAAUUAAAGAAAAUUAAGCGAGCUGAAAAAAAGGGCACUGAAAGUGUGAUGGAUGAAAAAUUUUCACUUCUGUUCUAUACUUCAACAAUUGUUAACGAAUUCAAAAUAAAUGUAAGCAUAUUUGUAGUUUGCUUAGUAUAUAAAUAUAAUUUUAUUAUAUUACAGGUUUGGACACUUUCUUUACCUGUUGUCGUUAUUGUACAUGGCAACCAAGAGCCACAAUCCUGGGCUACUAUUACAUGGGAUAAUGCUUUUUCUGAAAUUAUGCGUGAACCUUUCCAAGUACCAGAAAGAGUUUCUUGGUCUCAAUUAUCAUUAGCUUUGAAUACAAAAUUCACUUCUGCUACUGGUCGUUCUUUAACUGAAGAUAAUUUAAAUUUUCUUUAUGAAAAACUAUUCCGUAGUGAUGGAAUGGGUGACCAUAACGAUUAUAUUACUUGGGCCCAAUUCUGUAAAGAACCAUUACUGGAUCGUCAAUUCACAUUUUGGGAUUGGUUUUAUGCCAUUAUGAAACUAACCAAAGAUCAUAUAUUAGGUUUAUGGAAAGCAGGUCUAGUCGUUGGCUUUAUAAAUAAACUAAAAACAACUGAUGAAAUAUUACGCUCAAAACCAACAGGAACAUUUUUGGUGCGUUUUUCAGAUAGCGAAUUGGGUGCUAUUACUAUAGCAUUUGUUAAUGAUAACGGAACUGUAUUGUUUAUUGCUCCCUGGGCAGCACGUGAUUUACAGAUACGUGGUUUAGCUGAUCGUAUACACGAUAUACAUAAAUUAUGCUAUCUAUAUCCAGAUAAACCAAAAGAUGAUGCAUUUGGUGAAUUCUACACACAGCGUGCUGAAGCUUCUCGUGAUGGCUAUGUAUCAAAUUCUAUAAAAGCUCAUGUGCCUGCAAUUGAAGAUGACGCUAUGACACCACAACAUGUUAUGCAAUCACCUCAAUCUACUCCACAUGAUAUAUCAAUGCAAAAUGAUAAUUUUAUGUCUGACUUCGAUUUUGUGUUGAGUGGAUAAAAUAAUAUAAAUCAAUUUUAAUAUAAUAAUUAUUUAUAAAAAUUUUUAAAUAUAAUUAUAAAUCGAAAACAAACAUACAUAAAUUAAAAUUUUUAAACUUUAAUAAAUUAACGAAAAAAAAAUUGAUAAAAAUUUACAACACGAAAACAAAUUGCACAAUUUAAGGAAAAAAAGAAACAACUUUAAUAUCGACAAAAUAUAUAUAUACAUACAUUACAUACAAAUACAUUAGAAAAUAUUAAGAUGAAUCCUUUUUGGAUGAAGACUCACAUUUUGGAAUUUGUUUGGUCCUAGUUCUUCUCAUAUUAACAUCCAUUGAAAAUUCAAUUUCUUCAACUGUUUUGGUUUUUUAAUUUUUUUGCAUAUUUACUACAUACGAUAUAUGUAGACAUCCCUUAUCAAUCAAUUUUUGUGUCGAAUAAACCUAAAACGCAUGUUUGUUCUAAAUUUUCAAUAUCUGCGAUGAUUUUAAGUAUAUAAAAAGUAUAUAAAAGUAAAAUAAUAUUUUCACAAAACAUUUAAUAGCAGUUAAGGAUAAAAAAUGUUGUGUACUUUUUUCAAUGAAUUUUUAAAUGUAAUUACAUAUUAAAUGUAUAAUUCAAAAAUAUUUAUUUUAAGCAUGAAUAUUGUUGCAAUGAAUGUGUUUUAUAAUUGUAAGUAAAAGUAAAGCAAAAUAUAAAUAAAAAUAUCUAUAUAAAAUAUUAAUUGAUCGCUGAGUAAUAUAUAUAGUUUGUUUCAAAAUUUAUUAGUUAUUUUUAAGUUUAUAUUAGAAUACUUUGUUAUAUUUUUUUUUACAUAAUUUUAAAGUAAAUAAUAUUUAAAUUAAAAGUAUUUAACAUGUUAAGAAAAACUUUAAUUUUAAUUGUUUUUAAAUGUUUUAUAUUCAUUCAAAUAACUAAAUGUAAAAGGAAACCUUUAAUUUUAAUUUAAGUUUUUUAUUGGCUUCCAUUUAAUAUAAUUUAAAUAAAAUAAAAAAAAAUAAAAAAUAAUUUAGAAAAAUUUUUAUUUAAAAACAAACGUUGCAUUAAAUGUGUACGUGAGUAACUGCUAUAAAUGUGCUGUAUUAAUAUAUAUUUAAA